AUGCCAAACUGGCGUGACCAGUAUCUCUCAUCCAUCAAGGAUGCAGAGCUCAAUAAUCCCGUCAACAUGGAGCUUGUUCAGGCUUGCUCGCAGAUGGCAGAUCGCAUAUCUGCUCUUGAGGCUGAGAAGAAUGGGCUAGAAGCGCUGGUCGCAAAUAGCGGGACACCAACUACACAACCCACCGAACCCUCAACAAGCGAUCCUGGUGUUGCGCAACUAAAACAGGAUCUCGCCGAAGCCCUUCGAUCAAAGGGGGUCACCGAAAAGCGAUUACGCACGAGCGAGGAAGAGUUGAUGCAGCUGCGGGCAAAGCACAAGGCAGAUACGAAAUCAAUCCGCGACCUCACGGCCGAUAGAAAUAGUCUUACUACCAAACGAAAGGAUCUAGAACACGAGUUGAGGGAAAAGCACAAGCUUCUUGAGCAAGUACAAGAUGAGAUGAUUGCGAUGGAUCUACAAAUGUCCAUGGCUGAGAAGGAAAGAGAUAAGGUGAAGAAGGAGAACAAAGAACUGGUGGACAGAUGGAUGAAGAGGAUGGCACAAGAAGCAGAUGCUAUGAACCUCGCCAACGAACCCAUCUUCGAAAAGGGACGAUAG